AUGGAGGAAGAAAACAGCUGGUUGAUUCCAAAGGUUCUUGUGUUGUCUGUGAUGUUCACUCUUGUAAUGGUGAAAGGCAUGUCUCUGCUUUGGUGGAGACCAAGAAAGAUCGAAGAACAUUUCUCAAAACAAGGAAUUCGAGGUCCUCCUUACCAUUUCUUCAUCGGUAAUGUCAAAGAACUUGUUGGAAUGAUGCUUCAAGCUUCUUCUCAUCCUAUGCCUUUCUCUCACAAUAUUCUCCCUAGAGUCCUCUCUUUCUACCACCACUGGAGGAAAAUCUACGGUGCUACAUUUUUAGUAUGGUUCGGUCCAACUUUCCGGUUAACCGUAGCGGAUCCGGAUCUGAUCCGAGAAAUAUUCUCCAAGUCUGAGUUCUAUGAGAAGAACGAAGCACACCCUUUGGUUAAACAGCUUGAAGGCGAUGGACUUCUUAGCCUUAAAGGCGAGAAAUGGGCUCAUCAUCGCAAAAUCAUUAGCCCCACUUUCCACAUGGAGAAUCUCAAAUUGCUUGUACCGGUGGUGUUGAAGAGUGUGACAGAGAUGGUUGAGAAGUGGUCAGACAAGUUAUCAGAAACCGGCGAGGUUGAAGUCGAUGUCUACGAGUGGUUUCAGAUUCUUACUGAAGAUGUUAUCAGUAGAACAGCUUUUGGAAGUAGCUACGAAGAUGGUCGAGCAGUUUUCCGACUUCAAGCUCAACAAAUGCUUCUCUGCGCCGAAGCUUUUCAAAAAGUCUUCAUUCCCGGUUACAGAUUUUUUCCGACAAAAGGGAAUCUGAAGUCUUGGAAGUUAGACAAGGAGAUAAGGAAGUCGUUGUUGAGGCUAAUAGAGCGCCGGAAAAAUAGCGGAGACGGAGAAGAAUGUAAGGAGCCAGCGGCGACGGCGGCGAAGGAUUUGUUGGGAUUGAUGAUUCAGGCGAAAAACGUGACGGUGCAGGACAUAGUGGAGGAGUGCAAAAGCUUCUUUUUCGCCGGAAAACAGACAACUUCCAAUCUGCUGACGUGGACGACCAUCUUGCUAUCCAUGCACCCGGAGUGGCAGGCCAAAGCACGUGAUGAGGUCCUCAGGGUCUGCGGCUCACGUGAUGUCCCCACUAAGGACCAUGUCGUUAAGCUCAAAACGUUGAGCAUGAUACUAAACGAGUCUCUAAGAUUGUAUCCACCGAUAGUAGCUACAAUCAGACGUGCAAAAUCGGAUGUGGAGCUAGGAGGGUACAAAAUCCCCUGUGGCACGGAGCUCCUAAUCCCAAUCAUAGCGGUCCAUCACGAUCAAGCGAUAUGGGGCAACGACGUGAACGAAUUCAAUCCAGAUCGAUUUGCUAACGGAGUGCCUCGUGCUGCUAAACAUCCUGUUGGGUUUAUACCGUUUGGUCUCGGAGCAAGAACGUGUAUUGGUCAGAAUCUUGCCAUACUUCAAGCCAAACUGACACUUGCAACAUUGCUCCAACGUUUCACCUUUCACUUAGCUCCUACUUACCAGCACGCACCUACUGUCCUCAUGUUGCUCUAUCCUCAGCACGGUGCGCCAAUUACGUUCCGGAGAUUGAACAAUCCCGAGGGUAGCUAA